AUGACCUGCUCGGUGUUUUGCGCCCAACCAAGUCCGUCCGAGGAUCCGCUCGUGGGCGGCCAAUUCACCGAUUCCAAUUUGAUGGCAGUCUAUUGUCAAUCGGGAUCCGUGUUGCUUUAUCGGGUCGUACCUCGAUUAAGUGCGACUCAACAGGCAGGUUCCAGUUCGUCCCUGAUCACCGAUCCUCCAUUGCUCCUGGCGAAACUUUCUCCGAAUAUACGCUCUCCACUUGAGGAACAGCUCGCUAGUCCGGCCAGUGAACGUGGUCUGUGCUGCUUCUUUCUGCCUGAGUCAUUAAUAUCCCGUCCGUUACUAUUCGGCGGAACCGAAUGGGGCACAGUGGUUUCCUGGCGUCUAGAUGCAUUCCUGUCUCCUACCAGUGAUCGUCACCCAGCCAGUGUUGGUAAAGAUUGUAUACCACCAACAGCGUACUGUGAUUUGUCAUCUGUAUGGCAUCAACAUCCACCUCAGCGACCCCUUGAUUUGUGGGAGGAAGAAAAAUCCACUCUCAGUUCCGAAUCCCCUACCAAUCAAGACACCAUCACAGUCUGUGUUCAGCUCCUUCAAAUGACUUGCUCCAGAUCCCCAAAAAAACCAGUGGUACACGCAGAUAGACUGGCCUUUGGUCUAUCGAGUGGCCGUAUUAUUGUAGUUCGAUUAACAGAUUUUCUCCAAUUGGCUUACUGCCAGUCGGCCAAGAUGAAAACCUCAGGACCUACCGGGCUGUUCCGAUUUAGCCGUUUCUCCCUUGAGGGUCACGAUGGUCCGGUCACGUGUUUAUUACAUCCGGCCAGUGUGGACGAUCAGUAUCUUCGUAGUCUGUCUGAAAAGAGCGAGGAAAAGCCUUCCACGAACAAUACACCCCAAUUCAAUCCAGAUCAUUUGCUCUCCGGUGGCGCGGAUUUCGCUGUACGUUUAUGGGAUUUGGAUCCGUGGCGUGAUCUUCAAGGUGAGCGUGCCACACGUUCGUCGGCCGGUGAUUCAGCGCUUGUAGACCAGAGCGCUUUCGCGCCGGCUUGUUUGGCCGUGUUUCGCUGUCAUGCGUCGCCCUGUCUGUCCUUGUCCAUCGGUCCACCGUCCAUCGCAAUCUCACAGGCAGCCGCGGGCAAUCCACGUCUGAGUGUUCCGAAUGUCUCCAACCGAGUCAUAACCCUGGAAGUUAGUGCUGAGAUGCGCACCGCGUGUGAUGCGUGCAUCAAGCUCACGAAGAUGGGUUGUGAUAGCUAUAUCGGUGCUCGAGUGGGUAGUAUGAUCAGCUUACGGGAACAGCGAGUCCUCCUUUCUACCACACCAUGCAACGGCGUGUCCGGUGCACCAGUUACCGCGCUGGGCUGGCGUGUACCCGAAGACAUGCUGUUUGUCGCCCACGCGGAUGGUUUGCUUGAAGUGUGGGACAUCAGUGUUGGAUGUCUUGAUCGUUUGGAGACAGAUAGCGGUGCUCGGGACCUAUUCGAACAGGCACAUUACGUGGUUGAGGUGCAACUGUCCUCGGCCUCUUUCGGGGCAUCUCUGAGCCAACUGUCGUAUCAGUCGGCCCCAAUCCAAGCACAUCAUACACGCACAGCCACAUUGGUUUUCGCGGGUUGUGCAAACAACUCGCAUGCGGCCGGUUCUGUCCUGCACACUGCUCCCGCUCGUCUCAGACGUAGCGCCCCUCUGCGCCGUGCCUCGUCCUCACGCAGUCACCAGCCCACGAUCUUGUUGCACACGAUCGGUUUGACCUCCGCGGAUAUGAGAUUAGAUCCGGCACGAUCUCUGUCGGCCGGACCGGCUGCUUUUGUUUUCCACUGGGACACAGAAGCCAUGAUUUAUUGUGCUCUAGAAAAUCCUUCGUUCGACCUAGCCACUAAUGGACUGGAUCUCCUUCUGCGGAAUGAAGUAGUUGACUUGAAUAAUGCGGUUAUUCUCAGUGGUACGUUUGUAUUUUUCGGUGUCUUACAGUGCUCAGUGGACCGGUUGCAUGAGGCUGCCACACUGUCCGGGCUGCACUGUACAGCUUUGGUGAAACAGCUCCAACUAUUCAUUGCUUCUCUGCAUCCCUGGGGUUUGGAUCCGGAAGCGGAUCAUGCAGCUUUGGCGUGUGUCGGUUCUCGCGAGAGAUCGCAGUCAGAUCAGACUAAAUCCGAUGUGUUAUCCUCUCCGGUCCGAGACAAUCUCUGUUUGGGUUUACCCUCAAAACAUGGCUGUCUAAGUCUCUGUUUACCGGGUUGGUCUGCACCCGGGAUCUCAGUUAUUCCAUCCACAACUGGUCGAUCAGUUUCCCGUUUGUAUUCUCUCUCGCAUGGAAUCAGUACCAACUUGAUGCUAGCCGAGCUCAGCUUGUGCGAGACCUUAACCAGUUUGGAUCGGGACUGUGCGGAACAACUUUUACAAUUGUCAGAUCCAUCUUCCCGUGCCGCUCCGCUGUCGCUGAUUAUCGGGGAUACGGCCGAAACCAGCAUCAAAACAGAACUGACAUGUGUCAGGGCGUGUUGGCUUCAAUUAGCCGCUUGCCUUUGCGGACCGUUGUUAGCUCAGUGUGUCUGGGGUUCACCUCGGUUGCAGGCCAACCAAGCCUGUCGUUUACCGGAAUUGGAAAUCCUGGUACAAAAAUGGCAGGAUCGAAUGAUACCGAUUCGUUAUGCUGCUCGCACGCUACUGUUCGCCUAUCUGGAUCACAUGGGGUUCGCGAAUCGGCAACUCCUUGUCAAUAAAUGGUGCGGUCUCCUACCCCAGUUUGCCAUGACUCAGCCCACCAAACCAUCAACACGCAAUUUGCAUCGGCAAUCCACAACGCAAGGUUUGCCUGCCUGUCUCCAAUCGGUCAGUCUGUGCAGCCUAGACUCGGCCGGUCUCAUUUCCAAUUCUGUGACGGACAGUCAUUGGUGGAUCACGCUGAGUGGAUAUCGUGUUUCGCCUCGGGAACAUGCUCGACUGCAGGCAAUCGCUAUUGUCUUCCUGGGUGUUAUUGGCUGCCGAUUCGGUACUGCCGUGUGUCGUCGACAUCCAGCGGUCUCCGCGCGCGAUCUGAUCGACGACUCGAGACCAAUUUAUCAGUCGAAUCCAAAAGUGGACGGGAUCGCGUGUAAUAGUGGUAGUAAUACCGUAUCGCGCAAUCCGGGCCUGGCUGCACCGUGUUUCGCCUCACCGGACACUUCAGCAAACCGACCCGGUCGGAAAGCGCAAUCAUCCUCAGAUCCGAAUGAUGUGCUCACUAUCGAGUCAUUCACAUCCCCUCCCGAUCAGACUGAGCAGACGUCGAAUGAAGUCCCAGACGGUUUCGGUUAUGCGAAUCAUCAAUUGGCUCGGUCCACAUCUCCCCUGGUGGACACAUCCCAGUCAAGCAGUGAGAACCAAACCACCGAUGUGGCUGGUGUUCGUGGUUCGCAUUUAUUCGGCGAGCGCCAUCCUGCACCGCCCGCCGUCACUUCGAACGCACUGGUCUCCUUACUGAUGUCCAAUGCGCACAGUUCCUUGCGUCGAGCCUGCAUUGAUCUGCUUGGUCGUGGUUUCGUCGUCUGGGAACCGUAUGUUGAUUUGGGUCAAUUGUUGAACGCUCUUCUCAACCUCGUGGUCGACGCUGAACAACUGCUAUCCGAGUAA